CAUGUUUUGUCCCCAUAAAAAUUCGUAUUUACAACUUGUGUGUGCUAUGAACCCUAGGACAAUCAACAAGGCGGUUGACCGGGCUAUGAGGAAGACGCAUAUUGAUUCUCACACCGAGGACCCAGCAGCCCAGCGCCUGGACUCGAUGCAGCCAUCGCUGUACGCCCCUCACGUGGACAUCACCAGAGCCAGGCUCGGCUUCGGUCGAGUAGGGCUGCGCUUGAUCAACCGAGACUUGCACUCGCCGGAUCAUCUCAAACAGCUGCAAGCGCUGCACAGCAUUCUUGAUCAGGUGCAAAUAUCUGAAAACGCGAUGUUCUUGAUAAAUCUCCAAGUUGUAUACCGGCUCAUAGACCUGAUGCAUAAUCGGAAUCCCAUCAUCAGGGAAAAAGUCUGUCUGACCCUCACACAUCUGGCCACCUACUACCAGGGUAGACAGCGCAUUAUGAGCCGCAUAACGAUAGUUAGAAAUCUGAUGCUGCUUAUCAUGAGGGAUAGGAAGGAGAUCCGUUACGCCGCUGCGUACACUCUCAGAACCCUGGCGAGAGACAGAUGCGCUUGCGAGUUCAUUCUAAAAGACCCGGAAGUUGUUGAAAAUUUGCUGAAAAUGAUCAAGCAUGACCACGUUGGCAUCGUUCUUCUGCACCUGAGAACGUUCGAGAACCUCACAGAGUGGGACCCAGUGAGACCGUUAAAGGCGAAUGCUUUCCAAGUCAUGCUGACGCUGUUCAACGAUGCGGAUCCCAGGAUUGUUUCACACGCGAUGAACUGCAUGGCUCAACUGUGCAAGCACGAAGUUGGUAGGACCUUAGCUGACGAGUACGACCUCAACUUCGUCCUGAGGCGGUUUCUGACACACGUCAGUACAGAAGUCAUCAUCAGCGCUGUUAACCUCAUGGCCUUUACCACAAUCACGACUCGGUCAAAAUGGCGAGUCAAGGAAUGGACUGUAGACAUGACGAAGCGUCUGCUUUUGUUAUGCCACACGCAUAACAAGCCGCUGCUGCAACUCAAAUGCUUCCAAGUUCUGCUGAACUUAUGCGAUGCUCCCGACGUCAGAAACCAUUUGAAGAAAUAUUGGGAGAAGAACAUAGAACAGAUACACAUAAGGACCCAUGAAGAAUGGGACGGGACUACGGAAACAACGAGCUAUGGAUUGGAAACUGGACAUAAUUAUAGGACCAUGUGCAUCGAGGAUGUUGAAACUAUUAAGAAUGAUUAUGGGGACAAUCCAUACGUGGUCAAUGUCCAUAGUUAUUUGAGAAGAGUACAAGAGAAGAAGAGACAACUCUUGCGGGCGAUUAACUGGAAACCUUACAAGUAG